GCCACUGGUGGCUGAGGCCGGACCUUCACACCAAGGAGCAGAUGGUAGAGUUGCUGGUCCUGGAGCAGUUCCUGACCCUCCUGCCCCGUGAGGUCCGGGUCCGAGUGAGGGAAGAGCGCCUGAGGAGGGGCGAGGAGGUGCUGGCCCUGCUGGAGGGCUUGGACCAACUCCUGGAAGAAAAUGGCCCGCAGAUGUCCGGAGUCCUGGCCUGGCCUCAGGAGCGGCUGGCGGGAGACCAAGGCGUCGAGGUGCCCCUGGCCAGAGCCGGCCAUCAGCCUCCUCCCGGACCCCCGCCCGUGGCUGUGGCAGGCUUGAGCUUUGCUGACGUGACGGUGAGCUUCUCCUGGGAAGAGUGGGGGCACCUGGAGCCCGGGCAGAAGGAGCUCUACAGGGACGUGCUUUGGGAGAGCUACGGGCACCUGGGCGCCCUCGGCAUCCCUGUCCCCAAGCCAGACCUGAUUGCCCUGAUCGAUGGCGAGGAGGAGGCCGGAGACAGGCAUCGGCGCAUGGCUGGAGAGGAGAGCGUGGCCGGAGGGGCCCGUGCAGGCUAUGGGAAGAGGCUCGGCGAGGGGGACCCCCAAGAGAAAGGCCCCCGACAGACAGUUCCCCGAGCCACCCCCCUGCCGCAGGAGCGGCCGAAGCCGCCAAAGCCGGAGGCGAGAAGAAGGGUCUGCCCAGAGGCGCCCCCCGCUCCUCAGAGGCCCCCCCGAGGGGGCAGAGGCACAUUGCCAGCCCCCCCAAGACCCUCCCUGGGGGAGGCGGUCAAGGCCCCCAAGCAGUACCGCUGCCGGGACUGCGGGAAGAGCUUCCACUGCAAGUCGCCGCUGGUCCGGCACCAGAGGACACACACGGGCGAGAAGCCCUUCAAGUGCCCCGACUGUGGGAAGGACUUCAGCCAGAGGUCCAACCUCAACAUCCACCAGCGUGUGCACACGGGCGAGAAGCCCUACACGUGCGCCGACUGUGGGAAAGGCUUCAGCCACCAGACCACGCUGCGCAUCCACCGCAGGACCCACAUGAAGGAGAAGCCGUACACGUGCGCCGAGUGUGGGAAAGGCUUCAGCCAGACCUCGCACCUGCAUGUGCACCAGCGCGUGCACACGGGGGAGAAGCCCUACCAGUGUCUUGUGUGCGGGAAGGCCUUCAAACAGAGCUCCAACCUGCAGGUGCACCAGAGGGUCCACCGCGGCGCCGUGGCCUCCCGCCGGCCCGAGUGAGGCCCCCUUCAGUCUCCUCUGCAGAAUGGGGGUGCAGGGCAGAAAGACCUCGAAGAACUUGAGCUGGAAGUCUGGCCGUGCCAGCACAAACUCUCGUCCUUGGACCUUGGGUCACCCCUAAAGACGAGGGCUUUAGAAGCCACUAGCGCCGGACCUCGAGGCGGGAGCUCCUGGGAUCCAGUCUGGCCUCAGGCACUUCCCAGCCAGGUGACCCUGGGCAAGUCCUUUCACCCCCGUGACCCAGCCCUCACUGCUCUUCUGCAGUGGAGCCAGGACACAGGAGUGACUCAAGGUGAGGCUUUAAAACAAAUGAAGGCUUUGCGCCCCAUGACUGAAAAAUGGGGAAGCACCCUGGCAGCAGAGGCCGGGGUCAGCGUCUUCCCCCCAUGCCCAGGUAAACCCUAAAUAAAUACGUCCCGUACGCUCGAGAGAGGACCAAAGUCCAAUUAGGGCCUCGGCCCGAGCAGCAGGGAGACGGCCACAGAAGACGGCACGGACAACUGACAGCACGAGAUGCUCAAAGAGAACUCAUGGUGGGCCGAUCUGCGAAGUCGUUUCCUCUCAUGAAAGCCGCUUUUCCAGGAAAUAGCCGGAACUCGCUAACAUUCCUACAAACGCGCCUCCUCGGAGUGAUCCAGGGGCGAGCGCUUGAUCAGGGACUUUCUAAAGGACUGUUCAAAAAAGGGUCUCCAGUGGCUGAUGUCUGGGGAGUAGACAAGGCGGUGAGGGCUCCCCCCAGCCGAUUAGUGAGGGUGACAAAGGAGGGGUUGGGGGGGAAACGGGUGCCGCAGCGGAGCUACAAAGGAAGGAGGUGCGCCAUCGGGACGCCCCGUGGAGCGCUGCCUCGCCGAGGCGACCACGACUUGUCCUCCACUCCCUGCACAGAGCGAGCAAAGGAAAAAGACAAAAAUGGGCAUUUUUUUCUAUAGCAGCACACAAAAAAAGGAAACUAAGGACAUGCCUAACUUUUGGAAAACAGUUCAAUAAAUGAUGUGAAUAGAAUGUAAUAUUUUGUGAUACAGACUGACAGAACAGACCGUCGUCCCGGAAACCAUGAAGACCUUUAUGAACGGCUGUCCUUGAUGGUGAAGUGAACGUCGUGAAGUAAGCGUAAGACGAGCAAUGACCGACCAGAGCCCAGGGUCAGUGCCAAAUGCAGCCUGUUUCCCUCAUCUUGCCAAGAGGGAAGGACACAUUUUUGGACACAGCCAGUAGGAAGUUGCUUUUCUUGACUAUGCUUAUUUGUCACAAGGUUUUUGAUUAUUUUCUUCAUUGUUCAGAUAGGAACGGAAG